GGAAAGACAAAUAUCCAAACAUAACGUCGAAUUCCACGGCUCUCUAUCUAUCCGCUCCGAGCGAGAAAUUGAACCCUCGCGCCGAUAGAUAUUAUAUAAUCCGAAGCGCCAUUCCAAAUUUCCAAUCCAAAUAGCCAUGAAUUUGUAAACCCAUUUUCAUUUCCAUUUCACCUCAAAAUAUAUUCUCAUCUCUCCCCUUUUCAAUGGCUACCCACAGAAUCUCGUCUCUCCCCAUUGCAAUUUCCACUUCCCUUUGUCUUCCCUCUAAACGCCGCGAUUAUCGUCUCGCUCUUCCUUUCACCUCUCUCUAUGGCACUCGCCUUUUACUUAAACCCUUCAAUUUGAGCUGUUUCGUCACCAAACACCAUUCUUCAACCACCGCUACCGUCUCACUUAGCCUCCCAACCGCGAAACCGGAGAGGGCGACUUCCGAGAAAUCCCCAAUAUGGUCGGCAAGAUCAAUAAAGUCCUUUGCAAUGGCGGAAUUGGAAGCAAGGAAGCUUAAGUAUCCGAAUACCGGAACAGAAGCACUUCUUAUGGGAAUUCUGGUCGAGGGAACAAGCCAUGCUGCAAAAUUUUUAAGGGCUAAUGGAAUUACACUUUUCAAAGUGCGAGAGGAAACAGUGAACUUACUUGGAAAGUCAGAUAUGUAUUUUUUCAGUCCUGAACAUCCCCCAUUAACUGAACAAGCUCAGAAGGUCCUUGACUGGGCUGUUGAUGAAAAGCUAAAGUCAGGUGAAAGUGGGGAAAUAACCACAACGUACUUGCUUCUUGGUAUUUGGUCAGAGAAAGAAUCAGCAGGCCACAAGAUCUUGGCCACUUUUGGUUUUAACGACGAGAAAGCCAAAGAACUUGCAAAAUUCCUCAACAACGAUAUUGUUUUGAACUAUAAGUAGGUAAAAAAUUUCUGCAAUUUCCAACUUUGUAACAGCUUCCUGAUUCUUCUUGGUGGAGCAGAUAAUGUACCUUAUGAGGGUUUUCCUUUUUAAUGGUUUAAAGUUCAAACAUUGAUAGGUACCCAUUGUUUUUCUUUUUUGUGAAAUAACUGCAAAUGUUGGGAGCUUUAGUUUCGGCGUGAAUGCAUAAGUAGAUUUCCUUAACUUGAAUGACUUGGUGGAUGGAAAUUACCUUUGAAGCUAUGGAAGGAAUGACCUUUUUUAUCCAUCAAGGUGAAUUCCCCCUAUUUACGUAAGUAUUCCAAACAUUGAUUCUGUAGGUUCAAGUUUGACCCUUCUUAAUUUACUCCCAUUUGUUUUUCUGUUGUCUAUUUCUGCCCUUUUUUAUUUUUUAUUUUAAAAUAAUUAAUAUGUUUUAAGGGCUAAUUGGAUGAGAGUUGUCAUUUAGUUAGUCACCUACUUUUUCUUUAUUAAUGAUAAUUGUUACACGGUUUCUAUUUUUA